UCCUAUUUAACCUCAAUUCCUCAGUGUUUACGAUUAAGCUACAAGUGUUGUCGGAAUUGAUCCGAAUUUGUUGCUUAAUUGUGUAUUCUUUUUGAAUUGAAUUGAAUUAAAUCGAGUAUAAGGUGCAUUUGUGAAUUUACAAGAAGUGAGUGUUCCCAAUUAUGGCGAAUAGGACCGUAAAAGAUGCUAAAUCUAUUCAUGGAACUAAUCCCCAGUAUCUCGUUGAGAAGAUCAUAAGAUCUCGAAUUUAUGACUCUAAAUACUGGAAGGAAGAAUGCUUUGCUCUUACUGCUGAGCUUUUAGUAGACAAAGCAAUGGAAUUACGAUUUGUGGGUGGUGUUUAUGGUGGCAAUAUAAAGCCAACACCAUUUUUAUGUUUGACACUAAAAAUGCUACAAAUUCAACCAGAGAAAGACAUUGUAGUUGAAUUUAUCAAAAAUGAAGAAUUUAAAUACGUCAGAGCUCUUGGGGCUUUUUAUAUGAGACUCACAGGAUCUUCUUUAGAUUGUUACAAAUAUCUCGAACCUUUGUAUAAUGACAACAGGAAGUUAAGGCGACAGAGUCGUCAGGCCCAGUUUGAAAUUGUACACAUGGACGAGUUUAUUGACGAAUUGCUAAGAGAAGAAAGAGUUUGUGAUGUAAUUUUACCACGUAUUCAAAAACGGCAUGUGUUGGAAGAAAGUAAUGAACUGGAAGCGAAGAUCUCUGCACUUGAAGAUGACUUAGAUGAAGAGAUUGAACUUGAGGAAGAAAACAAAUAUGAGUUGGUGGAAGAAAAGCCUAAAGAGAAGAAAGAUAGGGAGAGAAAACGGGAACGCAGUAGAUCAAGAGAAAGACAUCGCAGUAGAAGUAAAGAACGCCACAAGAAGGAGAAAGACAAGGAGAGAGACCGCGACCGAGAAAAGGAACGUGAGAGGGAGAGAAGAGACAGGGAGAAGGAACGAACUCGUGAAAAAGACCGCGAAAAAGAUCGGGAUCGUAAGGAGAAAGACAGGAAACGAGAAAGACACCAUUAAUGUUUCGAUAUAUUGUUUUAUACAAUCAAUAAUUAAAUACAUCAACAAGUUUAGGAUUGUGAAUAUCACAGAUUAAGCCUAUACCUUUAGAUUACCAGGAAAUUUACAUAUUUAUAAUAUAUACAAAUUACUUUAAAUGGAAACUUAAAAAGUGGGUGCAUUGAGAUGAAAUAACUUUUCUUCUCGUUUCUUAAUCCAGUUUAGUAGCCGUCCUACUGAAUUAAUAGCACUGUUUGUAUCAAUCAGAGGCUCGAAAACCACAUAAAGUUCAAAUCCUCGUGUAUCCCAUGCCAAAAUAGCUUCAUCUGAAUAUUUCUCAAAUAACAACUUCAAUGGUCUUGUUGAACAAUGCAACAAGUUAUGCGCCCGUUUAUAUAAAUUUGUUAAUCUGUUACUAUAUUUGGUGUAUGGUGGACUUAAGCUUGGUUGAUAAAACUGUGCUGUACUUUUACAUUUAUACAAAUAGUGCCUAAGUUCUGGAAAACCAGCAACAAUGCAAGUUUCUUCUUUUGUACUUAACGAUUCGUUAAUUGCUUCUAAACAGUUGCUACGUCGUAGUUUUUCUACUAUACGUUGUUUUGCUUCACUUAGAGCAAAAAAUACGUCUCUCUCUACUGUUAGCAGAAGUAAACAAGCUUGACAAUCUUCAGCUAAAUAGGAUACAUGGCCAUAUAAAAAACCACUAGCGUCGAAUCGUGGAAGACAUAAAGGUGUCCAACUUUCCGCCGUUUUAAGACUUUCCGAAGCUUGGACUAAGUUGAAUAUUAAAUGAAGAUCAGCCGGGUGAAGGCAAUAUUUUUUCAUACGGACUAGAGUGAUAAGUUUAUUAUUAGCGAGUAGUAUGGCAAAAACUAGAUUCUGUAAAUCAAAAUAUUAAAAAUUGGUUUUUGAGUUUA